AUGUAUUCUUAAGAGUAUACAUUAGAACCUAACUCUUCAAGUUCUCCAUGCAUUCUCAUUUUUAUUGGGGAAUUACAACCACAACAGCUAAAAGAUUUAAUCCCGAUAGGUAACAACAACUUAGAAUGGAGUAUCUAAAAGAUCUUGGAAAAUGGGCUGCAAAUAUAAAAAAUAAAACCAUAGAAUAAAAAUAAGAAGAAUAAAAAAUUUACUUUUCAUGAUAAAUUAUUGAAAUUAAAAUAAUUCAUUAUGUUAAAGUAAUAUUUGACCAAAUAAGAUAUUUAUAUUAUAAUUAACUUCCUAUAUUAAAAUUAAUCAACCAACUUAAAGAACUCUUUUCUUUUCUAUUUUAUACAUAAUUAAUUAGGUAUUAAGUUGAAAUAAAAAUUUGUCAGUUUAAUGAGAGAAAUCGAUAAUUGA